AUGUGGAAAUUAUGCUGUCACAGUGAAGAUAUCUAUGCAUGUGUUGAAAGUGCUGAAGCAAUUCCUAUUUUCCUAUGGUUCUUGAAAACUGGUGGAACAAAGGGACAAGAAGCCUCAGGGAAGGCACUAAGAAAGCUUAUACGCAUGGCAGAUGCUGUCACUAUUAAUCAGCUACUAGCUCUGCUUUGGGGGGACACCCCAAAAUCAAAAGCCCACAAAAUUGAAGUACUAGGUCAUGUGUUUACCAUGGCAUCACAUUAUGACCUUGUUCAAAAAGGAUCAGAUGCUUAUAAAGGGUUGAGAUCGCUUGUUCGGAUUCUUAAUUCUUCAAAUGAGGAAACACUGGAACAUGUAGCUUCUGUCUUGGCUGAUCUCUUCAGCAUUCGUCAAGAUAUAUGUGAUAGUCUUGCAACUGAUGAGGUUGUGCAUCCUUGA